CCCUUCCGCCUUUCCCUCCUGGAGGUCUCCCAACUUUUCUUGCUUCCUCCUCUUUUUCUGCUGCCGCCGCCGCCGCUGCAGCCGCGCCAACUUUGCGGGGUUUGGGAAGGCCCGGUGCUACCUGCCUGCCCGGUCCCUGGGCUGGGCCGGGGCUGGACGCGAGGAUGGCGAGCGGGCGAGCGCGCGAGCGCCCAGAUCUCCGUCCCGCUGCUUAACGCGUUCUGCUGAGAGUCAUCAAUUAUGCAAGGGAACGGCGCGCUGCACUGGGGGAAAGGCAGGGGAGGCAGCGCACCAAGAUGGCGACAACCGCAGUUUCUCCUGCAGCCUCCCCACCUCUGCAGUCCAGCAACGCCUUGUAGGAGUCGCGCUAGCGCCGCAACCUCAAGUUGACCUACCCUGGGUGCAACAUAACUGAACAAGCUUCUGCAGGAUGAAAAGAUGGCAGGGCGGUUGCUUGCACCACCAGGCCCUGACAGUUUUAGGCCUUUCACUGCGGAAUCUCUGGCUAACAUUGAGAAGCGCAUUGAAGAAGACAAGAAAAAGAAGCGUCCUAAGCAAGACAGCAGUCACAGAGAUGACGAUGAAGAGAACAAACCAAAACCAAACAGUGACCUGGAGGCUGGGAAGAGUUUGCCUUUCAUCUACGGGGAUAUCCCCAAAGGCUUGGUUGCUGUGCCAUUGGAGGACUUUGACCCUUACUAUAUGACGCAGAAAACCUUUGUAGUACUAAACAGAGGCAAAACACUCUUCCGAUUUAGUGCCACGCCUGCCUUGUACAUUUUAAGUCCUACGAACCUGCUUAGGAGAAUAGCUAUUAAAAUUUUGAUACAUUCAGUAUUUAGCAUGAUCAUUAUGUGCACUAUUUUGACGAACUGUGUGUUCAUGACUUUUAGUAACCCACCAGAAUGGUCGAAACAGGUGGAGUACACAUUCACUGGUAUAUACACAUUUGAAUCCCUUGUGAAAAUUAUUGCAAGAGGCUUCUGCAUAGAUAGUUUCACUUUUCUUCGUGACGCAUGGAACUGGCUAGACUUCAGUGUCAUCAUGAUGGCAUAUGUCACAGAGUUUGUGGACCUUGGGAAUGUGUCAGCCUUGAGAACUUUCAGAGUUCUCCGAGCUUUGAAAACUAUCUCUGUCAUUCCAGGUCUGAAGACUAUUGUGGGAGCCCUGGUCCAGUCUGUGAAGAAACUCUCUGAUGUGAUGAUUUUGACUGUGUUUUGCCUCAGUGUAUUUGCUUUAAUUGGGCUACAGCUGUUCAUGGGGAAUCUAAGAAACAAAUGUGUCGUCUGGCCCAUCGAUCUCAAUGAGACCUACCUAGAAAAUGGCACCAAGGGAUUUAAUUGGGAAGAAUACAUCAACAAUGUGUCAAAUUUUUACACAAUACCUGGGUUUCUUGAUCCAUUGUUAUGUGGUAAUAGUUCUGAUGCUGGCCAAUGCCCAGAGGGAUUCACGUGUAUGAAAGCAGGGAGGAAUCCAAACUAUGGCUAUACCAGUUUUGAUACUUUUAGUUGGGCCUUCCUGGCCUUAUUUCGCCUCAUGACUCAGGACUUUUGGGAAAACUUGUAUCAGUUAACAUUGCGAGCAGCAGGAAAAACCUACAUGAUCUUUUUUGUCCUCGUUAUUUUUGUUGGGUCAUUCUACCUGGUGAACUUGAUUUUGGCUGUAGUGGCUAUGGCCUAUGAAGAACAAAACCAGGCUACAUUGGAAGAGGCAGAGCAGAAGGAAGCAGAAUUCAAGGCCAUGUUGGAACAACUGAAAAAACAACAGGAGGAAGCCCAGGCUGCAGCUAUGGCUACCUCAGCAGGGACCGUGUCUGAAGAUGGUGUAGAAGAAGAUGGUGGGGGAAGGAUGUCCCACACCUCUUCCGAAUUCUCCAAGCUCAGCUCUAAGAGUGCCAAGGAGAGACGAAACAGAAGGAAAAAGCGGAAGCAAAAGGAGCUCUCUGAAGGAGAGGAGAAGGGAGAUCUUGAGAAAGUGUUUAAGUCAGAAUCAGAAGAUGGAAUGAGGAGGAAGAUCUUCCGCUUGCCGGACAACAGACUUGGUCGGAAACUCUCCAUUAUGAACCAGUCACUGCUUAGCAUUCCAGGAUCCCCAUAUCUCUCUCGACACAACAGUAAAAGCAGCCUUUUCAGCUUCAAGAGAGGGUUCCGGGAUCCUGGAUCAGAGAAUGAAUUUGCCGAUGAUGAGCACAGCACAGUGGAAGAGAGCGAGGGCAGGAGGGAUUCACUCUUCAUCCCAAUCCGAGGCUAUGACAGGAAAAGCAGCUACAGUGGUUACAGUGGUUAUAGCCAAGGAAGCCGGUCAUCACGCAUUUUUCCCAGCAUUCGUCGGAACGUGAAGCGGAAUAGCACUGUGGACUGUAAUGGUGUGGUCUCCCUGAUCGGUGGCCCAACUUCCAACAUCCCCAGCGGGCGUCUUCUGCCUGAGGUGAAAAUAGAUAAGGCAGCUACUGAUGACAAUGCAACCACAGAAGUAGAGAUUAAGAAGAAAGCCACUGGAUCACUUCUGGUGUCAAUGGACCAACUGAAUGCUUCAUAUGGAAGAAAGGAUAGAACCAAUAGUAUAAUGACAGUCAUAACAAAUACUCUUGUAGAAGAACUGGAAGAAUCCCAAAGAAAAUGUCCCCCUUGCUGGUACAGAUUUGCUAACACCUUCCUCAUUUGGGAGUGCCACCCACACUGGGUGAAGUUAAAAGAGAUUGUCAACUUGAUUGUCAUGGAUCCUUUUGUGGAUUUAGCCAUUACUAUCUGUAUUGUUCUAAAUACUCUUUUCAUGGCAAUGGAACAUCAUCCCAUGACCCCACAAUUUGAGCAUGUCUUGGCUGUAGGAAAUCUGGUUUUUACUGGAAUUUUUACAGCUGAAAUGUUCCUGAAGCUCAUAGCGAUGGAUCCCUACUACUAUUUUCAAGAAGGGUGGAACAUUUUUGAUGGAUUUAUUGUCUCACUCAGUUUACUAGAACUGAUGCUAGCAGAUGUGGAGGGGCUUUCAGUGCUGCGAUCUUUCCGAUUGCUGAGAGUCUUCAAGCUGGCAAAAUCCUGGCCAACUCUGAACAUGCUGAUAAAAAUCAUUGGUAAUUCAGUGGGUGCCUUGGGGAACCUGACCUUGGUGCUGGCCAUCAUUGUUUUCAUAUUUGCUGUAGUGGGGAUGCAGCUUUUUGGCAAGAACUACAAGGAAUGUGUCUGCAAAAUCAACCCUGAGUGUGAUCUUCCACGAUGGCAUAUGCAUGACUUCUUCCACUCUUUUCUUAUCGUCUUCCGUGUACUAUGUGGAGAAUGGAUUGAAACUAUGUGGGACUGUAUGGAAGUGGCAGGACAGGCAAUGUGCCUUAUUGUCUUCAUGAUGGUGAUGGUCAUUGGAAAUCUGGUGGUGCUGAAUCUGUUCUUGGCCUUGUUGCUGAGCUCUUUUAGUGCAGACAACCUUGCAGCCAGUGAUGAUGAUGGUGAGAUGAACAACUUGCAGAUCUCUGUCAUCCGGAUCAAGAAGGGCAUUGCUUGGACAAAGAUUAAAGUGCAUGAAUUUGUGCAGACGCACUUCAAGCAGAGAGAGGCAGAUGAAGUUAAGCCACUGGAUGAGCUGUACGAUAAGAAGAUGAACUGCAUUGCUAACCAUACAGGGGUAGAUAUCAAUCGGGAGAUUGAUUAUCAGAAGAAUGGGAACGGCACCACCAGUGGCAUUGGCAGCAGCGUAGAGAAGUACAUCAUUGAUGAAGACCACAUGUCAUUCAUCAACAACCCUCACCUCACUGUUCGUGUUCCCAUUGCUGUGGGUGAGUCUGACUUUGAGAACCUCAACACAGAAGAUUUCAGCAGUGAUACUGACGGCAGCAAAGAGAAGCUGGAUGAUACAAGCUCAUCAGAGGGGAGCACUAUAGAUAUAAAACCAGAGGUAGAAGAGGUACCUGUGGAAGCACCAGAAGAAUACUUGGAUCCUGACGCAUGUUUCACUGAAGGCUGUGUUCAACGGUUCAAAUGCUGUCAAGUCAGCAUAGAAGAAGGACUGGGCAAGUCUUGGUGGAAUUUAAGAAAGACAUGUUUUCUCAUUGUGGAACAUAACUGGUUUGAAACCUUCAUUAUCUUCAUGAUCUUGCUCAGCAGUGGAGCUUUGGCCUUUGAGGAUAUUUAUAUAGAACAGAGAAAGACAAUACGCACUGUCUUGGAGUAUGCUGACAAAGUCUUCACCUACAUCUUUAUCCUUGAAAUGUUGUUGAAGUGGUGUGCCUAUGGAUUUGUGAAAUUCUUCACGAAUGCCUGGUGUUGGUUGGAUUUCCUCAUUGUAGCAGUCUCUUUAGUCAGCCUUAUAGCUAAUGCCCUGGGCUACUCGGAACUAGGUGCCAUUAAAUCCCUUAGGACACUCAGAGCCUUGAGGCCUUUAAGAGCGUUGUCCCGAUUUGAGGGGAUGAGGGUGGUUGUGAAUGCCUUAGUGGGUGCCAUACCCUCCAUUAUGAACGUGCUGUUGGUCUGCCUUAUCUUCUGGUUGAUUUUCAGCAUUAUGGGGGUUAAUCUCUUUGCUGGGAAGUAUCAUUACUGCUUUAAUGAGACGUCUGAGUAUCAAUUUAACACAGAAGAAGUCAACAACAAGACAGAGUGUGAGAAGCUGAUGAAUCCCAAUGAAACCGAUAUCCGGUGGAAGAAUGUAAAGAUUAAUUUUGACAAUGUCGGUGCAGGGUACCUGGCCCUUUUACAAAUCGCUACCUUCAAAGGCUGGAUGGAUAUAAUGUAUGCAGCAGUAGAUUCUAGAAAGCAAGAAGAGCAGCCCAAGUAUGAGGACAACAUCUACAUGUAUAUCUACUUCGUCAUCUUCAUCAUCUUUGGAUCCUUCUUCACUUUGAAUCUCUUCAUUGGUGUUAUUAUUGACAACUUCAAUCAGCAAAAGAAAAAGUUUGGAGGUCAAGAUAUCUUUAUGACAGAAGAACAGAAGAAAUACUACAAUGCCAUGAAAAAAUUAGGCUCCAAAAAACCUCAAAAGCCAAUUCCCAGGCCUCUAAACAAAAUCCAAGGCACUGUCUUCGACUUUGUCACUCAGCAAGCCUUUGAUAUACUAAUAAUGCUGCUCAUCUGUCUCAACAUGGUGACUAUGAUGGUUGAAACUGACACACAGAGCAAAGAGAUGGAGGAGAUCCUCUACUGGAUCAAUUUUGUCUUUGUUAUCUUUUUCACUUGCGAGUGUGUGCUGAAAAUGUUUGCCUUACGUCACUAUUAUUUCACUAUUGGAUGGAAUAUUUUUGAUUUUGUGGUUGUGAUACUCUCCGUUGUGGGUAUGUUUUUGGCAGAAAUCAUAGAGAAAUAUUUUGUGUCACCAACUCUCUUCAGAGUCAUCCGCCUGGCCCGUAUUGGUCGAAUCCUGCGCCUGAUCAAAGGAGCUAAAGGGAUCCGCACCUUGCUUUUUGCCUUAAUGAUGUCUUUGCCUGCCUUGUUCAACAUUGGCCUCCUUCUCUUUUUAGUGAUGUUCAUCUUUUCCAUCUUUGGAAUGUCAAACUUCGCUUAUGUCAAGCAUGAGGCAGGUAUUGAUGACAUGUUCAACUUUGAGACUUUUGGCAACAGCAUGAUAUGCUUAUUCCAGGUCACUACCUCAGCUGGAUGGGAUGGGUUGCUCUUACCCAUCCUCAACCGUCCUCCAGACUGUGAUUUGGAAAAGGAACAUCCUGGGAGUGGCUUCAAAGGUGACUGUGGGAAUCCUUCCGUAGGGAUCUUUUUCUUUGUUAGCUAUAUCAUCAUCUCCUUUCUGAUUGUGGUAAAUAUGUACAUUGCCAUCAUUCUAGAGAACUUCAGUGUGGCUACAGAGGAAAGUGCUGAUCCACUGAGUGAAGAUGACUUUGAAACCUUCUAUGAGAUCUGGGAGAAGUUUGACCCUGAUGCUACCCAGUUCAUUGAAUACUGCAAGUUGGCAGACUUUGCAGAUGCUUUGGAGCACCCUCUUCGUGUUCCUAAGCCCAACACCAUUGAACUCAUUGCCAUGGAUUUGCCAAUGGUCAGUGGGGACAGAAUCCAUUGCCUGGACAUCCUCUUUGCCUUUACCAAGCGUGUAUUGGGUGACAGUGGUGAACUAGACAUCUUGAGGCAACAGAUGGAAGAAAGAUUUGUGGCUUCUAACCCUUCCAAAGUGUCUUAUGAGCCCAUCACAACCACAUUACGGCGCAAACAGGAGGAAGUCUCUGCAGUGGUGAUCCAGAGGGCUUACAGGGUCCGUUUAGCAAGGAGGGGAUUUAUCUACCGAAAAAACGUCUCCAACAGAAUAGAAAAUGGAGGGACAAAUAGGGAGAAAAAAGAAGGCACUCCAUCCACGGCUUCCCUCCCAUCGUACGACAGCGUAACUAAGCCAGAAAAAGAGAAACAGCGGGCCGAAGAAGGGAGACGCGAAAGAGCAAAAAGGCAAAAAGACGUCAGGGAAUCCAAAUGCUGAGAUGAUCUAUAAUAAUAAUAAUAUUAACUGUAGAAAACCCAUGAGCAGAAAAGAUUGUUUACAAACUUCCUGAUAAAAUAUAUAUCAAUAGCAAACAGCUGUGGAGAAACUUUAAAGAUCUUAUACCAAACAUAGUCUGCUUAUUGUGUGACCAUGUUGCAUCUCAAAGCAGUGAUCUACCACCUGUUUAAUGGACCCAUCUAGACCAAUAUAUUAAAAAACAACAACCAGGAAACAAUGCAAAGGAGAAAAAGGAUUUUAUACAGUCUGGGCAGGUGGAUACUGCAUGUUCCACAUCAGUCAAUGCAACUUAGGACAAAAAAGCAAAAUAAAACACACAAACAAGGGGACAAAAACUGCUGCUUGAGGAUUCAUAUUUUUUUCCAAAGCAGCAAAAAUUGAUUUUUUUUUCAUUUUAUUGAAAGAAAAUCUGGAAAAAUAUCACUUAAAGGGUUGAUUAAUUCAUGCAAAACUAGAUUUUCAUACCUGACAUUUAGUUUAAGCAGCAAAAAACAAAAAAGAAGGAAAAAAACAAGUAGAGCAACAACAAAGAGCUGAAAUGAAAUGACACGUAUUUAGCCCAUAUCAUUUAAUCAUCAUCAUUCUUUAGUACUUAUGAUCUGCAUACUUUUUAUUCUAUGGGCUCCACCAUGGUUUGUGAGAGUUGGGGGUAAUCAGGUAUUUUCAGUUUGCCAAACUCGCUCAGGCUGAUUCCAAAAAUAAAUUAAAUAAAAUUGUGCUCGUUUCAAUGCAUAGAAAUGAUUUGCAUGAUGGCAUGCUGUGAUCAGGAAUCAUGCAUGAGGAAUCAUAAAACCACAAGACACUCAAUAUGCUGUCCAGGCCAUGUGUUAAGCCAUAUGUUUGAGGCAAUCCACUGACUAUGGCACACUGUAUUUGGAGAGUUACUCUUAGCUAUGAUUAUGCUUUUCGCCUAAUUCCCAAGUGUUAAUCUUUCCAUGUACCCUCCCACAAGAGGAGAAAAGUGAAACCAAUCAAGGAGUUUAUGUGUAUUUUUAAUAAGCUUCAUGCAGUCAACUUCUUUUGUACUUUUUAAAAGUAACUUCCCAAAUCAGCACCAAAACGCUGCUCUAAAACCCUUCCAGUUCAAGAAGUGGUUGUAGUACAAUCUCAGUAUUUAGAAAACUCACCAAGUAGUUCUGUAUCCUGCGAUAGUUAGAGUUAAGUAUCCAUUCUGCCAUAUGCACUUUUUUUUCUAUUGGAAAUAAGCACUGUAGAAAACAACAUAUUGUCUUUCAAAGACACAUUUUUAGCAGUUAUAUAAAGCAAUCUUAAUUGCAGGCAGGCUUAUGAUAGAAGAGUUUACAGCAUUGUGUGCCAUAUUUACUGGCAAAAUAUUGCACUCUUUUGGAGUGUUGUUGAUGUGAGAAACGUACACGGCACAAGUGGGUUUGUUUUUUCAUUGACAAUUUUCUGCAGCUACAUGGUUUUAUCCAAUUCUUUGAGCUGCAUUUUCCCCUAAGGAAAGCAAACCAAAAACUUUUUUAAUGAUUAGGAAAAUAGUUUAAAUAUCUGUGAAUGCAACAUCCUACUCUUGGUGAGCAAAGUAGCAGUGUGACAUGGAUGCAGCACUGAGAGGAAAAGUGUCAUAUUUGACAUGUGCCUUCACCAGUUCCACAUUUCAUCCCAUAUUGUUGUAUGAUGGUAAUUCUAAUGGUCCUGCAUAUUCAGGGAGGGAUGAGGAGCUACCUCUCAACCAGUCUUAACUCUAAAUUGAUGACCAUUCUAAAGGGAGAGGAACUAACAUUUAUGUUUCUAAGUACUUCUUUGGCAUGUUUCAUUUUUUUAAACUGUCCAUUAUGACCCCUUUUAAUAAAUCGAUCCUCAUAAUAAUUCAUCUUCUAAGGGCACAGAUUUAUGGAAUCGUUCUUGGGUCAAUGUCAGCAUUGCACUACAGUCAAGAUUGUUCAACCAUACAGCUUUAAAAAUUAAACUUUGCAAAAGGCUGUAAAGAAAUAUGUUGAAUUUCUGCAACAUAAUGAAAGAGGCUGUUUGAAUGUGGACCAAAACCAUUUUAUCUAUAAAAGGGCAAAACAUGUUUUUUAAAAAAAGAUUUAAAAUAUUCCAAAAUCAAAAGAAACCUAAGAAAGUUAGCAAUGCCUUUUAGUUUAGAGGCAAACACUUGACAUUUAGAAUUUUGCAACUUAGAUACCAAUUACAAGGUUAAUCAGAAAGUAAGUCAUUUGAUAGAGAUCUGUGCCAAGUUGAGCUUUUUAAAAUGCAUAAUCAAGCUACCACGACAUCAGUGGAAUAAUUCUGCUGUUCCAGAUACCACAAGGAGCAAAACAUUUCUUUCUUGUUAGGUUUUAUUCCAACUAAUCAUAAAAUAUGUAUGAUAAAAUUACAUGCACUUGUACAGGCAACAUUGUAAACAGCACAACAACAACAAGAGCUGAAAAGUGUGACUGAACUUUUUAAGACAAUAAUAUAAAUACUGUAAUAUAUCAUUUUAUUUUACUGGCAUGCCUUUUUGUACAUGACAAAGGACUACAAAAAAUUAAAUAGAGUGGCUUCUGGCUUAAUGCCACUGUCCAUAUUUAAUUUUCUAUCUCUCUAAAGAUAUUUUUUUUCUUUUCCACUUUUCAGAUGAUGUCAAUUUAAGUACAUCCCUUCAGAGGAAAAAUAUCCUCUCAAAAGUUUUAUUGCAAAUAUAUAUUUACAACAAAACUAUUUAGAUUGUAUUUUGGUUCUGUGGUGCAAUACAUUUUGACCACUCUAUGCAAGAUUUGGCUAAAUGUCAUACUUAUUCUUCAGCAGGACUAGUGUUCCAAAUGAAAAGCUUGGCACAUAUAGUGUUUGUGCUGUCAAAUUUUAUUAAGCAAAUUUUAGUAAAAAAUACCCUGCAAUCUAUAUUUAUAUUUGCUUAUUAUUUAAGAAUACUUGAAUUUUCUUACAUUACUCUAGCUUCGCUUAAGAAAAAAACUGUUAAGAAAAUGCUUCAAAACUGUGAACUAUGUCCUACUAAAAUUAAUAUUUUUUCUAGUUUCUGCACAAUGUUUCUUCAAGUUUCUUUCAUUUUAAAUUUCUUUAACCAGUUAUCCCAAUUAACCAGAAUCCACUGAGAUUAGGAGCCUCACUCUGGUAUUUUUAUAUAUCAGCAUUAUAUUUUGGAAAUCUUCUUUAAAAAUGAAUCAUCUUAUAAUGGUCUGAACCAUUAUAAUGAACUUUGUUUUAAAGAGAUGAAAGAGAAAGGAAUUUAUUAUUUCAUCAAAAACAACCAGUGCUUUUUAGAAAAACAUGGUUUAAACUAGGAAUCAGUCAAAGAAAUUUCAAACUUAUUGAGAAACAUUUGAAAAUGUAAAUUUAAUUUUAAUACCAUUUGUUUUUAAAUCCCACUGUUUCACUCCACCUACCUUCCCCCGAUCAAAACAGUUUGCUAAAAAUUAAUUUUAAUAAAAAUAACAUUACAUUUAGUUCAUUUGUUUAUAAAUUCCUUUUCUUUUUAAAAAUUGAAAUAAUAAUAAUCUCUUUGGAAGUGAAAGUUAAUAUCUUCCUAGUGAAUGAAUGAUGUAUAGAAAAGAGCUGAAAACAACAUUUAUGGGAAAUAAUCAAUAUAAACUGAAAUGAAUAAGCAUUCAUAAUUAAAUAAUUUGUCAUCCCUUUGAUUUCUUUAAUUAUUGUCAAUGACCAGCACAAUAAGAGGCCAAAUACAAUAGUCAUAAUGCCAAAACUAGAGAAAGGAAAAUUUGAAUAAAAUGCAGUAAAAUACUAUAAAACAUAAGAUAACAUAGACGUGGAAUGAAACUGGAAUAUAACAGAUUAAAAGUGGGGGGGUGGAAACCCUUCAUAACAUCAUGACUCCAAGAUUAGGCCAUUUAUGUCUUCUUAUGGAAAUCAUUGUAGAUAGAAACCUAGCAUCUUUAGUGAUGGUAGUGGUAAGGCUAACAUGAGCAGGAAAUGGACUAUCAUUUGACAUAAAUCUUACAAUGAGAUUUUCCACUCUAUGGCUAAAAAAAAAAUACAAUAUGCUUCCCACUUAGUGUAAAUCUAAGGAGAAAACAUUUUUUUUCCAAAUCUAUCAUUCUGAUAAUGUUCUUUAAAAUAAAGAAUCCUAUAUCUAAAAUAUUCAAAAAAGUAUUUUAUAAGAGUCGUAGUCAUUUAAGAGCGAUGAAUGUUUGGAUUGUUUAUGUGAUGACACCGACAAUUCAGUAAAACUGGAUUAUCUGCAGCUGACUUUGGUAUGGAUAAAUUAUCAAUGAAACCAAACAAAGCAAAAUUAAAGCAAAUUUUUGUACAAAAGAGAAUUCUCAAAUAUAAAAUAUCUGACAGGUGAGGGCUGAACAAUGGUGUAAUGUGUUCCCAUAGUAAUCAGUCAAUUUUGCUCAAUAAUAAUGGAUUUUUGAUAUUUGAGUAUUGAAGAGGAGGAUGCAAUAAUAGACUGAGUCCACAUUUCACAAUUGUCUAGGUUGACAAUGAAAGGAAAAAUGUGCCUAUUCUUGCUUGCAGGCUUCUUUGGUAAGUGGCACAGCUGGCAAAUCAUCUAUUUUUGGUAGUUAAGAAUUGGGCACAUUGUUAAAACACAACACAAUCAGCCAGAACAGCCCUUAGCCAAGUUCUCUGGUUACUAGGCAUCAGUAAAAAAAUCUUACUCCAUUGCAAAUAAUUGUACCACUCGUCACAUAGCAAUUUCCCAAUGAAUCAAUUUUCUUUAGCUUAGAUAGCAAAAAAAGAGGGGGGUCAAUAUUCUAUCUAUGAGAAAUUACACUGAAAUGUUUUUAAUUUACAGUACUGCUCUCUUUUUUAUAUUUUGUUUCAUAAAAUAAUGCAGCCUGUAUCAUUUUGCACUUGGUCUUCUUUUUAAACCUUCUGAUAAAGAGUAAUCAGAAAGAAAAAGAAUCAUACACUGAAUUAAUCCUGGAGACAGUUAUUGGAGUUUCCACAAAUCUGUCUGGGUUUUUAAUUUGUUUCAAGUAGUAUAAGAGCACGUAACCAACCAUUGGAGAAUAUCUGAAUAUUAUUAUUCUUGGGAAAGGUCCAUAAUCAUGCAAAUGAGCUGUAUGUAUGCAGAUGAUCUUGGUUCAGUCUUGGUUCAAUUAAAGAGGAUGUAUAGCAGAUAAUGGGAACGACCCUUUUCUGCCUGAGACCUUGGGAAAGACGCUGCCCACCAAAUUGAACAAUAAUAGUUUAGAUGGACAAAUUAGGAUCUUCCUAAUUAUUUCCUGGUUUAGAAAGUUAUUCCAAUUGUUAACCAACAAAGAAUCACAUACUUGGAAAGCUAUGUAGUCCCAUGCACCAAAGAGCCCAAAAUAAACAUUCUUGGUUUUAUUUUACCAAGGUAUCGGUUUGAUCUUUUGGAUAGUUCACGUUGUAAGGUUUAAAAAGGUUAUUUGAUGUUAACUGUAAAAAUAAUAAAUAACAAUGUAGGAACAGAUGUUAGGAAUAAGCCAGUAAGACUAACAAUUUAUACUGUACUGAGUUAUCUUUUUUUUCCCCCAAUAGAUAUUAUGGGCAUAUAGAAAUGGCCAGUUUCAGAUUGAGUGUAGUUUUUGACUAUAAUGCUUUGUUGAAAAACUGUUGGAAACUAUUGCUAAGUUAAUAUUGCUAAAUUACUCUUAUCUUACAAACCUUUAUGGUUUUGAUGCUUCAAAAUCCAAGAGAGGGAAAAAGUAAGGACCAGAAAGACUGGGACAAAUUGGAAAGCAAAUGUUGAGCAUUGUUAUUCAGCUACAACAUUCCCUGUCAUACAGGGUACAUUCAGGUAUAAUGAACUGGGCCAGACUUGGUCCAAUGAGAAUAUUUCCUUGGGCUGAGUUUUGGGUGUAUAAUAUUGUCUCUUGGCAACCAGUAUUUGGCAACAGAGUAAUUAGAUAUAGAUAGAUAGAUAGAUAGAUAGAUAGAUAGAUAGAUAGAUAGAUAGAUAGAUAGAUAGAUAGAUAGAUCAAGAAAAUGCAGCCUCCUACAUGCAACUAGGGAAGUCACGUUAUAUUUCAUGAUACAAGGUGUUUUCUAUGUGUACAUACCUCCUUUUGAAAAAGUGAUAUACAUGGUUCCUGGUUUUGCGUAUAUUUUCUCUUCAAAUGCUUUGGUGAUUAUGAGGCUUUGAAGCAUUCCGCAUAAUCAGUAACGGAAAAACUGUUAAAACAUCUGAAAAUUCACAGUCACCUCUUGUGGAGGGAGGGAAUGAAGAGAAUUGGAUCAAGCUGAUUUUUGUUUAGACGGUUAUAAACAGAAAGGGCUUAAAUACUAUGUUGACAAAAAUGAUAAAAGAAAAUCAGCUUGAAGGACUAUCUGUCCUCUUAUGACAUUAAGAACCUCAGCUUCAUGCACUAGUGUGUAAACACCCUUAUCUGCUAAGACAGGUAAGCUCUUGAGAAAAGCCAGUAUUCUUUUGCAGCAUAACAAUCACUCUUUCACAUAUAGGUUCUCAGGUGGAGGCUGCAUUUACCUUGGCACAGGAAAUGGGUAGUUUUGCAGCACUCUGUUUCAUGCCUUUUUUCCUCUUUCCCUAAUAUUUAUGUACUAGUGACACUCUCUCCAGAAACAGUUAUGUGCUAGGGCGUUAGCUGUGUGGUUUGUCAAUGGACAUCCAGACCUCGGCUUGUGCAGUUCUGUAUCCGUCCAGUGAAUACUGUAGCAGCAGUGUGCCAAUGUCUUAUUCUUAAAUUCUUUGUUCCACUAGGCUUUUUCUUUAAAGCUUUCUAUUUGAAGGGCUGAGAUGAGACAUCCUUGCUUUAUGCACUUGCUUUGCUAGGAGUUAAGAGCAAAAGAAGACCAGGUGUUAUGUUUUUAAUAAGUCUCUCAAGGGAGACAGUUCACAGUCCACUUGCUCUCUUUGAACACUUGUACAGUGAUACGUGGCCAGAAAAGAAAAUUGUUCUGUGCUACUUCUCCUAUGUGGAGAUCAUCUGUGUCAACAAACAAAUGUAUGCUGUGUUGCUGCGGUGCCUAUUUUGUCAUCAAUACUUUAAUUGGGAAUCAAACUAUGAUUGGGAACAAUUGCAUGAGACUUAUGCAAGUUGUCCUUCUGAGAGGAAUACAACCAUGCAAUAACUUUUUCCGCAUAUAAUUACUUUUGUGCAUCUGUUUGUGAUAUUGCUGAGAACUGACAUUUGCUUUGAAACAAGCCUGUUUUGAAUGAAUGUGUGGUACACUGUCUGCAGAUCUCCCUUUCAUACUAUGAUUUAUUUUCUAUUUUUUUCUAUCGUAGUCUUCUUUCCAAAGUUCACCAUUUUAGAAUUUCACGGCCACAGAAUACAAGUAUUGUGUUUAUGAAAACAUCUGAGUAGAUGUUUUGUCAAUACCCUUUACAAAGAAUCAGUAUAUUUUGGACCAUACAGUAGAAGCACUAAGCAUUCACUGUUUUAAAAUUCAGCAGGACUAUCGUGAUCCCAGUUAGGAUAAAUAGCACAUGUGGAAUCUUUUUAAAAGGGCAGUUAAUAUUAACAGUCCACUCAGCCACUCCAGAAUGCAAAGUAUUAUUUUUAAAGUUUCUAUUUAUCAAUGAAAAGGAGAGAUUUUCAAUUUAAGGCUAGUGAUAAACUAAAUUGGAAAAUUUUGAUGGAGAGAAAUUCAAGACAGAUUUCAAUGUCUACUAGAAUUGUGCCACAUUAAAUUGUGUCAUAUUAAAUAUACAUCCAUAUAAAAAUUUCUCAUUUGUUGCAUGUUGCAUUUAUAUAGGGAGGUAUACUUGUGUGUAUGUUUUUGUGGGAGUGUGUAGGGAAGAGAAAAUGAGAGAAUUAGAGGGCAUGAUGAGAGACUGAUUUUGUAAAAGAAUGGGAAAAUGUCUUUUUCAGGUAUUAGAAUUUGAUAAUUCUCUAACAGAACUCUAGUGAUUUCUGUUUUCAGUUUUGUGUGAAUGAGUGACAGAAUGGCAGAUUGACCUCGGGCAAAUUAUCUAACCUCUCUGUGCGUGCCUCAGUUUUACCCAUCUGUAUAAUGGGUAAUUACCUACCUCACAGGGGUGUUGUGAGGCUCAACUUAAUUCACAUCUGUUCAAAUGCUUUUCUGAGGUUCACAUGAACAGUGUGUUCUAGACAUGUAUGUGAUAGAACCAUGGACUAAAGGAAAAAUAUAAUAAGAUGGUGUUGUUAAUGCUGCUAAAAUCUCCAUGAAAGCUUCCCCCCCUCCCCAUAGAUAUCAGGGCAAAUACUUUUUUUUCCUCCUGCAUUCUGCUUGUUAUGCCAUCUCAUGAAUGUGUUUAUUGUCCACAUCUUUAAACCCCAGCCAGUAGGUUUGCUUGGUUUAAGGUAACAACAGCAAAUGGGAGAAAGGUGUUUUGGGGGAAGGGAGAAAAAAAUAACAUGCAUUUUAAAAGUAACAAAACAGGUUGAAAGAAUAGCAUCUGACUUCUCCGAUUUCCUUUGUACUGUACAUCUUUUUACUUUGGAAUUUGCAAUAAAAAGGUAUGUCCA